AUGGCUCUUCGUGACCUACCAUGGGUGACGAUACUCUUCUCUGGCAUCAUUGCGGCGCUCGCAUAUGGCGUAAUGAGACUGAUCCAAGUUCGGCGUUUCUACAAAGAUGUCCCCAAACCGCCUCAUAGCUUCUUCUUCGGCCAUUUGAAGCUGCUCGGCGAGACCUUCAAAUCGUUACCCAGCGAUGUACAUUAUCAGGCAGCGGUGGUUACGAUCGCCAGAAAGUACAAUAUGCCAGGUGUCUUCUACCUCGAUUUGUGGCCUGCCUCAUUUCAGCAAGUUGUGGUGACAGAUCCGGAUGUUGCACUUGACAUGACAGUCAUCCGGAAUCACCCCAAACAUGAAAUGGAGGCAACAAUGGUCGACCCCUUGAUUGGAAGCGGCAACAUCGUCACAACGAACGGACCACAAUGGAAGUAUCUCCACAAGAUGUUGAGUCCUGCUUUCGCCACUUCGCACAUCACCAACAUGAGGCCGAUGGUUGCUGACGAGGUUAUGAAGUUUCGGUCGAAACUUUCCGAGAAAGCUGAAUCGGGUGAGGUUUUCAGGUUGGAGGACCAUACUCUGUGCAUGACGUUUGAUGUCAUAUCGACUAUGACCUUUGGCCGAUCUCUUGACGCGCAGACCAAAGGUAGCCCUGCUCUGCAGCACUUUGAAAAGAUGUGCCGUGCUUUUAUGAUCACGCGAGAGUCUCAUAACUAUAUCCGCAACUUCUUCGUCAACCGGACGGUUUUCGCCGAACGCGCAAAGUUUGAUGCUAUUGUGGAAGGGCUCAUCAACGAGAGAUUCGAGAUAGUCAAACGCGACAAGCUCGAUCUCUCGGAGAAGCGAGGACUAGGGAUCAUGGACCUCAUCUUGCGAGACUAUAUCGCAGAGCGACAGGGUGACGUAAUGGAGCUCGACCCCCAAUUCACCAAAGAUGCUCUCACACAAGUAAAGACUCUUUUGAUCGCUGGACUUGGAACUACGUCGGAUACCAUCUGUUUCGGAGCUAUGCUGCUUAGCGUUCACCCUGAAGUGGUACAAAGGAUGCGCGAAGAGCACGACCGUGUUUUCACCCCUGGUAUCGAAGCGACGUACGAGAUGCUUAAAAGGGAGCCGUAUAAGCUGAAUGAGCUCACCUAUACGAACAACGUCAUCAAGGAAGUCCUGAGGUUCUAUCCGAUAGGAAAUACCGCACGCAAGGGCAUCGAUACUCUCACGUACCAGGGCCGCGAAUGGCCGACCAAAGAUCGCAUGAUCUGCCCCGUCCAACUGGCUAUGCAUAUGGAUCCAGCGAUAUUCCCAGACCCGCUCAAGUUCGACCCAGAUCGGUUUACACGAGAAGACCAUCCGCGGCACGCCUGGCGUCCGUUCGAGAGAGGACCGCGUGCGUGUCUGGGCCAACCGCUGGCUAUGGACGAGUUCGUGAUCGUAUUCCUGCUGACAAUACGCGAUUUCGACUUUACUUGUGCGGAUCUGAAACCCAACAAGACGCCUCGAGCAGAGUGGAAUAAUCUGGAUCUGACAUUCGGUGAUCGCGCCUACCAGGAAUUUGUCUUCGAGGCCAAACCACGAGACGGCAUGCCGAUGACCGUUAAGAAGUCUAACUGGCCACACAGUGGACGUUUGAGCAAUGAGACCAUCUGCGAUCCUUCGGCGUCUCCGCUAGCUCGUGCGAGAAACCUCGUGUCUCUCUACACUCUCGAGGAGAAGAUCAACGCUACGAGCAGUGGCUCCCCAGGCGUUGCUCGUCUUGGCAUACCACCUUACCAGUGGUGGAACGAGGGUCUUCACGGCAUUGCUGGCCCUUACACCAACUUCAGCGAUGAGGGAGAGUUUAGCUACUCCACCUCGUUCCCCCAGCCCAUCUUGAUGGGUGCGGCUUUCGACGAUGAACUCAUCACCGAGGUUGCAAAGGUCAUCUCCACCGAAGCGCGUGCUUUCAACAACGCGAACAGGACUGGUCUUGACUUCUGGACACCCAACAUCAACCCGUUCCGUGACCCUCGCUGGGGACGUGGACAGGAGACACCCGGUGAAGACUCCUACCAUCUGUCUUCUUACGUCCAGGCCUUGAUCCACGGUCUUCAGGGUGACGCGUCUGACCCGUACAAGCGUGUUGUCGCAACUUGCAAGCACUUCGCAGGUUAUGACGUUGAGGACUGGAACGGAAACCUUCGCUACCAGAACGACGUUGAGAUCUCUCAGCAGGAUAUGGUUGAGUACUAUCUCGUUCCAUUCCAGGCAUGUGUCCAGGCGAACGUCGGUGCUUUCAUGUGCAGCUACAAUGCAGUCAAUGGUGCCCCACCAUGUGCCGACCCUUACUUGCUGCAGACCAUUCUGCGUGAGCACUGGGGCUGGACGAAUGAAGAGCAAUGGGUCACAUCCGACUGCGAUGCUGUUCAGAACGUCUACCUCCCGCAUCAGUGGUCAUCAUCUCGUGGUGGCGCUGCUUACGACUCCCUGAAGGCUGGUACCGAUCUUACGUGCGGUACUUACAUGCAGGAGCACCUCCCCGCUGCUGUCCAGCAAGGUCUUCUCGACGAAGCUGUUCUUGACCAGGCCCUUGUCCGCCAGUACUCCUCGCUCGUUCGUCUUGGCUACUUCGACUCUGCAGAUAACCAGCCAUACCGCCAGCUCGGCUUUGACGCGGUUGCUACCAACGCUUCGCAGGCACUUGCACGCAGAGCCGCUGCCGAGGGUAUCGUUCUGCUGAAGAACGAUGGUACUCUGCCGCUCUCUGUCGAUUCGUCUAUGUCUAUCGGCCUUUUCGGUGACUGGGCGAACGCAACCGAUCAGCUCCUUGGUAACUACGCCGGUGUCGCUACAUACCUUCACUCUCCUCUGUACGCUCUCGAACAACUCAACGUUACCAUCAACUAUGCUGGCGGAAACCCUGGUGGCCAGGGCGACCCAACGACCAACCGUUGGUCCAACCUCUAUGGCGCGUACUCUACCAGCGACGUGCUAAUGUAUGUCGGCGGUAUCGACAACAGCGUUGAGGCGGAAGAUGACGACCGUACUUACCUCACCUGGACUGGAGCUCAGCUCGAUGUCAUCAGCCUGCUCGCCGACACCGGAAAGCCAGUCAUCGUUGUGGUCACUGGAGGUGGACAGAUUGACAACACUCCUCUCGUCAACAACCCCAACAUCUCUGCCAUUCUCUGGGCCGGAUACCCUGGUCAGGACGGAGGUUCUGCCAUCAUCGAUAUUGUUACUGGAAAGACUGCUCCCGCUGGACGUCUCCCUACGACUCAGUACCCCUCCAACUACAUUGCCCAGGUCUCCAUGAUGGAUAUGAACAUGCGCCCUGGUGAGAACAACCCUGGUCGCACCUACAAGUGGUACAACGGUUCCGCCGUCUACGAGUUCGGUCACGGUCUGCACUACACCAACUUCUCCGCUGAGGUCACUAGCGAGCUUCAACAGAGCUACGCCAUCUCUGCCCUCACUCAGAACUGCAACAGCACGGGAGGUUUCCUCGAGCGUUGCCCCUUCGUAUCUGUCGAUGUCGAGGUCUCCAACGACGGCGAUGUUAGCUCUGACUACGUCACUCUUGGCUACAUUGCUGGAGAGUUCGGUCCUGCGCCCCACCCCAAGAAGUCGCUCGUCUCUUACAAGCGCCUUCACAACAUUGCUGGAGGCUCUUCCGCCACUGCGACUCUCAACCUUACUCUUGCAUCUCUUGCUAGAGUUGACGAGAUGGGCAACAAGGUCCUGUACCCCGGUGACUACACCAUGUUGAUCGACAACCACCCGCUUGCGAGCGUCAACUUUACCUUGACUGGAGAGCAUGCGAUGUUAGACAUGUGGCCUCAGCGUCCUAACCAGACUGCUCAGGGCGUCGAGUACGUUGGUGACUACUGGUAUGGAGGUUACGGUAGCGACUAUGGUGCUGAGCCUGCGGAGUUCCAGAGCACCAUGUAA